GAGGGUUGAUGGGUUGGGAUUAUGUAAAGUUCAUGGAUUUUAAUUUUUUCGUCAUGUUAUUCAUUUUUACAAUCAUUGUUCAUCUGCAAGGAAUAAUGGAAAGUGGUGGAAAGUGGUGUUGCUUCAUGGUUGUGAGUUAUUUCCAGUGUGCAAUCAAGAAGCUGGUCAAAAAGCUUGCUAAGAAGUACCAUGCUUUCCUAGCAUCAGAGGCGAUCAUGUAUAUUCACAUUUGUUCUAUGUGAAGCAGAUAGUAUUCCAUAUGUAAAUUUGGAUGAUUUGACUUGUAUUCCUUGUCUUUGUAAAGAUUAAAUGCUUUUUGAAUAUUGCUGGUAUUAGAUGAAUGAACAGAUAACUUGUAAAGGUUAAUUCCUUAUGUUCAGCUUUUUGUAAAGAUUGAAUGCCUUCUUAAUGUCAAUGAUGCUGGGACAAGAUUGAAUGACUUAUUUUUGUCAUGCUUAUGAUAACUUCUCAUCUUCAUAAAUAUCAUACCAGUUUUUGUUUCUUUUACAUUUUUUACGAUCUUGCCUUUCGUGUUUUUAAUGGUUCGGUUUUUCUUAUGUUGUUUUCUUUUUUUAUCAUCUCUCUAAUAUUUUCUAGGCUUUCUUAUGUUGUUUUAUUUUUUUGAUUUUUAGAGGAACUAUGUCAGUUGAUCGUAAUUGGAUGUACCACCGACUUAGUGAAAAUGGUUAUAUAAGAGCUGAGUUCUGUGAUGGAGUUAAAGGGUUCCUUGAGUUUGCAUUUACUCAGUUAGAGUAUUGUAGUGGUGAUAAGAUUAGAUGCCCUUGUAUAAGAUGUGACAACCAGAAAUUUCUUAACCGUGAUACGGUCAAUGUUCAUCUGUUGAGAAAGGGGUUUACACCGGGAUAUUCAACAUGGUUUGCACAUGGGGAGUUACUUGGUGCAGUUGCUCCUGUAAGUACAAGUGCAGUAGAAGCAUCCACAUCAAUGGAUGUUGGUUGUGAACAUGGUCAGCAAUAUAGAACCAUGGUGAUGGAAGCUAUGGGUCCAGAAGAGGAACUUCAUUUGAGAAGUGCAUUUGAAGUUAAUCAUGAGGAAGAACCAAACAAGGAUGCUGCAGAUUUUUAUUCUUUGUUGAAAGAUGCAGAAGUACCUUUGUGGGAAGGGUGUAAAAAACACUCUAAGUUAUCUGCUAUUAGUCAAUUAUUAAAUUGCAAGUCUGAAUUUAAUAUGAGUAUAUCUUGCUAUGAUCGAAUCAUGAAAAUAGUGAAGAAUAUGUUGCCGGAAAGUGAGAAGCUGCCCUCUGAUUUCUAUCAAUCAAAGAAGAUGCUUCGGAAGUUGGGGUUGGAGUAUACAAGUAUUGAUGUUUGUGAGAAUAAUUGUAUGCUAUUCUAUAAGAAAACAGAGAAUUUGAUUGAGUGUACUAUUUGUGGUCAUCCUCGUUAUAAACUCAGAAGAAAUGAUGGUGGUGGUAGAAGAAAAGAUGUUCCUUAUAGAAGGUUGCGAUAUCUUCCAAUAACACCAAGACUUCAGAGGCUUUUUAUGUCAAGCAGAACGGCUGAACUCAUGUCAUGGCAUGUGAAGGGAGGUGAUUCAGAUGAGAUGGUGCAUCCUGCUUGUGGGGAGGCUUGGAAGCACUUUGACCGCAUUCAUCCAUCCUUUUCUACCGAGCCUCGUAAUGUUAGACUUGGGUUAUGUACGGAUGGAUUUAACCCCUUUAGCCAAUCAGCUCGUCCUUAUUCUUGUUGGCCAGUUUUCGUAACAGUUUACAAUCUUCCACCAUCAAUAUGUAUGAAACGACCCUACAUUUUUCUAAGUUUAGUCAUUUCUGGACCUAAGAGCCCUGGCAAAAGUAUUGAUGUCUUGCUUAGGCCUUUGAUUGAUGAACUUAAAAUAUUAUGGGAAGUAGGGGUCACCACUUAUGACAUCUUUAGAAAAGAGAAUUUUCAAAUGAAGGCAGUUUUAUUAUGGACUAUCAAUGAUUUUCCUGCAUAUGGCAUGCUUUCAGGAUGGAGUACGCAUGGAAAGUUGGCCUGCCCGUAUUGUAUGGAGAACUCAAAAACAUUUACACUACAACAUGGUGGGAAGACUUCUUUUUUUGACUGCCAUCGUCAAUUCUUGCCCAUGGACCAUGCAUACAGAUACCAAGUUGAUAGUUUCUUCAAUGGUAGAAUAGAGACAGACCCCCCACCUCGUCGACUGUCUGGUGAGGAGUUGAAAAAUAGGAUCUCUGCUUUGCCUAAUAUAACUUUUGGUUUGAAAGCUCCUAAGCACACCAUUCCUGGAUUCGGUAAAGAUCAUAAUUGGGUGAAAAGGAGCAUAUUUUGGGAGUUGCCCUAUUGGCAUACACUACUUAUUCGACAUAAUUUAGAUGUCAUGCAUAUUGUUCGGAAUGUGUUUCUCAAUAUAUUUUACACUUGUAUGGAUGUAAAAGGGAAGACUAAAGAUAAUGUGAAAGCAAGGCAAGAUUUGGAGUUGUAUUGCAAGCGUCCUAAGUUGAGGAUUCAAUUUGUUAAUGGAAAGCUAGUUAAGCCUCCAGCUUCCUAUGUAUUGUCCAAAGACCAAGCAAUGGAGGUCUGCGAGUGGGUGAAAGGGUUAAGACUGCCUGAUGGAUAUGCUUCAAACAUAUCGAAGUGUGUUAACCUGGAUGAUUAUAAGUUUUACGGGUUAAAAAGUCACGAUUGUCAUGUUUUCAUGCUGAGAUUGCUUCCAAUUGCAUUCCGUGAAGUAUUGCCAGCACCAGUGUGGGAUGCAUUGACAGAAUUAAGCUGUUACUUUAGAGAUUUAUGCAGCACAACUUUGCGUGUCCAAGAUAUGGAGGUUCUUGAGAAAAAUAUUGUGGUAACUCUCUGCAAACUUGAGAAGAUAUUCCCUCCUGCAUUUUUUGACUCAAUGGAGCACUUACCUGUUCAUCUAGCUUAUGAAGCUAAGGUUGGGGGGCCCGUGCAGUACAGAUGGAUGUACCCCUUUGAAAGGCUUAUGCAUGAUAUAAAGCAGAAGGUAAAGAAUCGAGCAUCGAUUGAAGGUUCUAUUGUCGAGGCUUACAUCAUAGAAGAAAUAUCAACUUUCUGUUCGCAUUAUUUUGAGCCUUCUAUACAAACGAGGUUAAAUCAAGUUCCCCGUAAUGAAGAUGAAGGGGAGUUUGAUCUCGUGGAUCGUCUAUCCAUUUUUACUCAUCAAGGUCGACCUUUUGGAAAACCUUCUGCAAGGCAUUUGACUACUCAGGAGUUUAAUGCUGCUGAGUUAUAUGUUCUUCUUAAUUGUGUGGAGGUUCAACCUUUUGGAAAGUAAGUUACACAAGUACUUAAUUAUAAUCAUGCUUAAAAAUGCAUAUGGAGUACAAUAUAUGUGAUUAUAGCUUUUGUCUUGUAGGUAUUUUGAUGAUUAUAUCCGGCAAUCUUGUCCAAAUAUAAGCCAAAUUGAUUUGGAAAGACGACGCGAAAUGGAGUUUCCGGCUUGGUUUAGAUCAUAUGUGAGCUGUAAAUUCAUAAAUAUAAUAAUAAAUUAGACUUUCACUUGAUUUAUUCUUACGAUAUUAUUUUUAUCAUGCUAGGUUAAUGACAGUAAAAAUCAUGUUGAUGGGCGCUUAAAGGACCUAUCAUAUGGCCCUGGGAAUAAAGUUAAAUGUUAUAAAGGCUACUUUGUGA